AUGGACUUCUAUUUGUUCGACGAGCCGCCGCCCGAAUACGACGACGGGCUGGACGAGCUCGACGAUUUUGACCUGGACAGUGAUCUCGUGGACAGUCACUAUCCGCUCUUUUAUUCUACUGCCCCGUUCAUUGCGCCUCCCAGGUCAACUUUCCUGCGCAAAGCUCCCACAACACUUUCCGUGUCCAAUAAGAUGGCUGCGACUGCUGCGGCCGCUGUGUCUCCUUUGAGCUCUCCACGUCUGCCCAGCCCUCCACCAUUUACGGAAGUUCAGAUCGGGCCGCAGUCGCCUACGGUUGGGGACAAGGGAGGUGAUAGUCAGCUCUUUACGCCUCUAAUAGAGACGGAUGAUGGGUCAACAAGGAGAAUCAGACCAGGUACCAAAGCUGCGGAUAUGGCUUCAGGGCCGCCGCUCGUUCCGUUGUCACAGCUUGACUCCCCCUUUCAGCUUCAAGAGCAUCUGAAGGCUCUCUUCCACAAUUACACUAUGCCUAACGGAUCGUCCACUAUUCACCCGAUCACACAUGAGGUCGCAGUCUCACUCGCUCAUCCUCCUGAAGGCGUCGAACGUUCUUUAUGGCUCUACGAGCUUUGUCGCUUCUUGACUAUGAAAGUGAACAACUUAAUUAUUGCCUUUUUUGCCGAAGACCCUCCUUGCUCUCAACAAUCGUGUCCCGAAAUGCGCGCGUCGGAGUGGCAGUACCUUUGUGCUGUGCACGACCCGCCAAAGUCAUGCUGUGCGAUUGACUAUUGCUGCCAUACGUUGGACUGGGCGACAAACAUCUUAACAUCUCCAAAGUAUUUUCCUAGCAGGCUUACUCUUGGUUCGGAAUCCGGAGGUGGUCCACAGGCGAGCAUGCGGCAUUUGACAAACAUAUUCCGUCGGUUGUACCGUAUUUUUGCACAUGCAUGGUUUCAGCAUCGAGAUGUUUUUCGUCAGGUUGAGAAUACAGACGGAUUAUAUGUCUUCUUUAAGACGGUGUGCGACGUUUACGAGUUGAUACCCCAAGACAACUAUACUGUCCCGGAAGAAGCAGAGCGAUUAGCUGCAUCUGACGAUGCUGCCGAAGAGUCACAAGGCCGUUCUAUCACCGCAGUAGUACUCCCGCCUGAGAACAAUCGCCGAAUUUCAGUACUGCGAAAUGAUUCUUCUAGCACUACUCAAGCGCUCUCUCUGGAACAUUCUGGUGACGCACAGGCGUCGUUGAACAUAAGUACUGGUGCUACGACGAGGCGACACAAGCACAGCCCAUCAACAGGCUCAAGCGUAUCCACCAUAGCUGAAGUUACAGAGGAUCACAACAGUCCCUCUCCCAAAGUCGAACAGACCUUACCCAAGGUUGAAGAGAAUGCAGAAGAUGCAAAGUCUAAUGUACCUGCUGAAGAUGCAGAAAAAGACCCCUCGACAGCGCAAUCUGAAGCUCCCGAGAACAAUAAGAUUUCCGAGAAAGAAGAAAAAGCAUCUGAAGCCGAAACGACACCUGAAGAGGCCGCUCCAACUCAAGAAGAAGCACAGACAACAGAAGCUGCAGAGCCAGAAGCCGGAAAACAGGAGGAAUCAGAAACCAACGAGUCACCCUCAACAGCUACAGAUGCUGCCCCUGAAGACCAACCACCGACUUCCGAACGGGAGCCCUCUAGUGGAAAGCUCGAGACCGACUUCAAAUUUCCAAUUACAACCAAUGAAGAAAAGUCCACAACCGAGUCCUCCGACUUCCCAACCUCUACAGAAUCAACUGCCACCGUUUCCGUGGUAGAAACAACCGAGGAGAAAGACGAGUAAUUUCUCCAGUCUGCGCGUACGACUUUCACGACUAUGUUUCAUAUCAUUAAUUUUGCAUAUAUGCCCUUUCUUCGUUUUGUAAUGUCUGUAUUGUACUACUAGCAUAAUUAUUUCUCUUUUUCCCCUUUGGCUUACACUUCAUUUCAUUCCCAUUAUUGACCUACCCAGGUCUUUUUAUUUGCAUGCUUUUGUACGAUACUAUGAGUGGUUUAAUUAUUAUGGUGGUGACCGAGUCACCGUGGGAUUUGGAAUUGGAUACGAACACUAGUUGGUGUUCUUAAUGGAUAUACUUUUCUUAUAUUGGCAUUGCUCGAUAUUCCAGUAUCGGCCUAGGACUGGAAUCGGCCUAGGUACCAUUGACCAGAGGAAUUUCGCUACUAUGCCCAACAUUUGAACUACUGAUGUCUAUAUAUAAUGGGCUAUCAGAUGCCUAUUCGUCAUAGUAGUUGAUAUACCAGCUUCGCUAUGAAGAUUCCUGUUCCUGGCCGGUUGAAGUGGAAUAUAAUGGAUUAGAGACUACCUAAUCAUUCAAAGUUGCUUGCAUUGCUACUUAGGUAGUAUCUAACUACUUGCUUUAAGCAUGGCUGGUAUGAUUAAUGUUCGUUCCCUAGACUAGUCAUUUUUUUCAGACUCGCCGUCAAACGUGCUACCUGCAAAUCGUAUUAUGUUAGACACCCCUUCGCUUCAUAGCCAUCUUGAAAAUCCUAGCAAAAUCAGCCAUAUGCUCGCGAUUCAACAUCUUAGCAUGAAUGCCAGCGCAGUCAUGAAAUUCUACACUGCUUCGCACAAAAUC